CCUUAGGAAGCGAAGAUGGCGGCCGUGGAAGAGAGGGUCGAGGGAGGUGUCGGGGCGCUGGAUUCUGACUCCCCAUCGCCGAGACUGUGCAUCCCCCCGCCGGAUCAACCUCACCAGAACAACCCACUCUUGGGUCUUCCCAUUGUGGCGAUCGAGACGAUUCUCAAUUUCUUAUCCUACGACGAAAUCAGUCUGCUGCGCCUGGUGUGCAAACGCAUGGAUAUGAUCUGUCAGCGCAUGCUGAACCAGGGCUUCCUCAAGGUGGAGCGCUACCACAGUCUCUGCCAGAAGCAGGUGAAAGCCCAGCUGCCCAGACGGGAGUCCGAGAGGAGGAACCACUCUCUGGCCCGUCAUGCCGACAUCCUGGCCGCCGUGGAGACGCGCCUCUCCCUGCUCAACAUGACAUUCAUGAAAUAUGUGGACUCGAACCUCUGUUGCUUCAUUCCUGGCAAGGUGAUUGAUGAGAUUUACCGAGUGCUGCGCUAUGUGAACUCCACACGGGCUCCCCAACGGGCCCAUGAAGUGCUGCAGGAAUUGCGGGAUAUUUCAUCCAUGGCCAUGGAAUACUUUGACGAGAAGAUCGUGCCAAUCCUGAAGAAGCGGCUCCCGGGGGCGGACCUCUCAGGCCGCCUGAUUGGCUCAGCGCCAGUGGCUGGGCCCUCUACCUCGUUGACUACCAUGUCACUGCUGGCCAAGAACACACCUUCGCGCUCCGAGAUGACCAAGGUGCAGCAGCAGGUGAAGGUAAACGGGGCGUCCAUGACAACACUGCGGCGGGAGAUGACGGAGGUGCGUGUGAAGCAGCUGGAGCAGCAGAAGCAGCUGCAGGACCAGGAACAGAAGCUGCUGGAGCAGACACAGGUCAUCGGGGAGCAGAACGCACGACUCGGCGAGCUGGAGCACAAGAUCCGUGAACUGAUGGAGAGGGCCGUGGGAGCCGGAGCCCAGCCCGGGGCCGGUGCCACCCCACCUGUGUCAGGGGGAGCUGAAACGUCCAGCAAACGGGCCAGAAAGAACUCGGACUCUCCCCGCCAAUCCAAACGUCUGCGCAGCAAGAAAUAGGCACUAUUAUUUCCCAUGCCCUGUAAUAAUACUUUUUUUAUUUUUCUGAGAGCAUGCAAAGGAGAUCUACAGGGGGAGGGGUAGGAGGCGGGUCACCUGUUUCUUUGUCAUUAGCUCUCCUCCUUCCCAUAAGGACCCAGCUAGCCCCUGGCACGCAUGACCUUUCUCCUUGGGAGCCAGGUGUCCAUCUCAUGUCUUUUUUUGGCCGGAAACGCAGGUUCUGAGCGUCGGUGGCAGUGCGUGCCACACGGGCCUGGACAGUCGACGUCACCUUAAGUAGCAAAGAUAAUAGUGACGAUAAUAAAUGUUAACCGGGGUAAAUGUAAGCAGAGUGCACGACUGCACAGUUUUUGAGCAGUGAGGGGCCCAGACCGAAUCAAAUGAAGUAGUAGUUUUAGGGUCGGUUGGGAACAGGCAGUUGUAAAAGGGACGUCUUUGCCCCAUGUCACGUACGUCGUCUUCGCGGCGAAUUAUUUCCCCACGCGUCCUCCGAGUCUAUAGAGAGGUUGACGUAUUCAGUUCAGUGUUUUGCUUUUAGACUCCGAUUUAGUGCAAUAAAGGAGCACGGUUUGGUGGCUGCGAAGGAUAUUGGGUCAUUAAUACACAGGAUCAAGUCCAACAGUGUGUGGAUGAGAGGCGGGUCUAGGGAAAAAGUGAAUGUCGACAGGUAACACUGGAUUGAGACGAGGUGGUGCAAAAUGGGUCAUUCUGAAGUGUCGUAGGGAAGCAGAGGCGCCAGCCUUUAUCGGUUUCCUUCGUACACAAACGUGGAGACGACCGGUCUUUAUGGCAAAGCAGACGGACGACGGAGUUUUAAAAGACUUGUUCUCUCUCGUCUGCUUUUCCGUUAUUCGAUCAUGUCGUUUUUUGUAAAUUUCUACGUUCGCGUAUGUAUGUCUGUCCAUCCGUUAACCACUAACGCGCUUUUGAAAACGUACUUCUUGCCAAAUGUCCGCCCUCCGAAAAACAAGAGACGUGCGGGGUGCAUAGAAAUGAAGCAGAAGUUUGUAUGCAUGGCAGUAUAGCGAGUUUCGUUAUAUUUUUGUGAUAUUAAUCUGGCGAAGCUAUCUUCUGGAACUUGUGCAUUGGACGACCCAAGUCUCAAGCGGCCAGGCCACAAGUCAUUGCACCUCUGUGUCCGGGGUGGGCCGGGAAUAUGUGCGUGUCCGGCCUAGAGAAGACUGUACUGUAACCUUUCUGUAAUAAAACUUGGAUUGUGGAACAUUUGAUGUAUAAGGAAGAUCGAGGUUUAAUGUCAUUAGCCUGAGUUUUGGAUCACUAAUGAUUUGUCACACCUGUUUGUCGAAGUACAAAACAAAAAUUAAAGUUGGCGUAUAAGGA